AUGACCGCGUCUGAGCGAAAGAAGGCCCAAUCAGCGAUGAUGUUACUUGCGGAAAAGCAAUUCGAAAAGACAAUUAAAGGUCGCCUAGUAUACCGAGGCGAUGGAACUCGUGAAUGGUUAUCCCGAGAGGACACUGCAAGUCCAACUGCUUCGCAAGAAGCAAUCACCAUUACUUGUGUUAUUGAUGCACACGAAGGUAGAGAGAUAAUGACGCUGGACGUGCCUAACGCUUUCAUUCAAACUUAUAUGCCUGAAGCUAAGGAAGGAGAAGAUCGUAUCUACACGAAAGUCACUGGCAUGAUGGUCCAGACAUUGAUUGACAUGGCCCCAGAGUAUCGCAAAUAA